AUGGAGUACCCGUACUUUUCGUCUGCUCCCCAGCAAGCGUAUCCAUAUUAUAGCCAGCAAGCACCUCAGGAUGCCUCGCCAGACCAGUUUCGAGCCAUGGUGCCAGGGCCUGAGCAGCAGCAGUUUGACCCGGCAUUCCAGCAAUUUGAGCCAUAUCAAUUCAGCCAUGCUCCUCCUCCCCAUGGCCCAGUCAACAAUGUACCGUCGGCUCACUAUCCAAGGCAAUCCAUCGAGCCGGUGACUUCCGGACAAGUAUCGAUAUCUCCCCCUCAUGCAGCCGAGAUCAAACAUGAUACCUCCAUCGACUCGAAUGCCUUCUCGCAUAGUAUGAACAUCGAUAACGGCGAAGAUGGCCACCUCGAACAGGACCCUCGUAGCAGCAGUGAGGAAAAGGACUCCAACAUGACCCCUGCACAGAGCCGUAGAAAGGCCCAGAAUCGAGCUGCCCAACGAGCGUUCCGUGAACGCAAGGAGAGACGAGUUCGCGACCUCGAACAAGAAUUGACAGAAUACAAGCAAAACUUCUCCAGCUUGCUCGAAGACAACGAAGUUCUAAAGCGCCAGAUGGCAAAGGUAGCCACGGAAAACGAGAUCCUUCGCGCAACUUCAAAGGCUGCACACUGUCACGGCUCUCCAGCUCGCGAACCAGAACCCACAACUACCGGUCCGCUAAUAUACUCUCCCAAGGACUAUAGCAGUACCGCCAGCACCACCAGCGGCGGCAGCGGUUUGUCAACAGAGAAAGAGAAGCAUCAAAAGCCCAUCCACGCGGUCAAGGUGUGUGAAGUUACCGGUGAGAAGCUGCUGGAUGCAUCGGCCACCUGGGAUCUGAUAGUCAGCCAUCUAUCGGAUUCGGGCGUCAAGCUGGACGUACAAGAUAUAUAUGAUCGGUUAAAGGGACACGCACAGUGCGAUGGCACAGGUCCUGUCAUUGGCGAGUCACAGGUUAUCAAGGCAAUACAGGAAAGCAUUGCGGCUGGCAGUGACGAGUUGAUUUAG